GAGAGAGUCAUGAUGUCAUUCUGAAAAGUUCUCUCUCUCUUUCACACACAUAGAGAGGUGGUGAUUUUGCUCUCCUUCCACAUAUAGGGCUGUUUUUUUUUCCCCCUGAAGUUUGUUGACUUGUUUGGAGAGUCGUGAUCGGAAUAGCCUGGGAUUACUCUUUCCUUUCUAGGAUAUAGAACCAACACACACACACACACACGCAGUGAGAAGCGGACGGUGGUCAGUAAGAAAAAUGAACCGGAGUUUUAAUAAUAAGGCGCAGAUUUUGCGCCACUCGAACCUGGAUGCGGUGGAAGUCAAAAGCAAAUAUGGUGCGGAGUUCCGCAGGUUUUCAGUGAACCGAAUGAAGCCUGGCAAAUUUGAGGAGUUCUUUAAGCUGAUCGUGAACCUCCACCGUAUCGCCAACAUGGAGGUGAUGAUUGGAUAUGCUGACGUUCAUGGAGACCUGCUGCCCAUCAACAACGAUGACAACUUCUGCAAGGCUGUGUCCACGGCACACCCGCUGCUCCGGAUCUUUAUCCAAAGACAAGAGGAAAUUGACUACAGCACCUUCGGCACCAACACGCUGACCCGAAAGAAAAAGGCCGGGGUCGCCCUACGCAACGACCUGAACAGGAAGCGGCCACACCUGCGCAUCGGCCUUCCGCAGGACUUCCGUCCUGUGUCCUCCAUCAUCGACGUGGACAUCGUGCCCGAGUCGCACCGGCGUGUGAGGUUGUACCGUCAUGGCUCACACAAACCGCUCGGGUUCUACAUCCGAGACGGCACCAGCGUACGCGUUACAGCACACGGCCUCGAGAAGGUGCCGGGUAUCUUCAUCUCGCGCCUGGUCCCUGGCGGCCUGGCUGAAGGAACAGGUCUGCUCGCCGUCAACGAUGAGGUUCUUGAGGUCAAUGGAAUCGAGGUGACGGGGAAGACUCUGGACCAGGUCACCGACAUGAUGAUCGCCAACAGCCACAACUUGAUCGUUACGGUGAAGCCGGCUAAUCAGCGUAACAACGUCGUGCGCGCCAGCCGCGUGUCAGGAAGUUCGGGUCAGUCUUCGGAUAGCAGCAGCAGCUCGGGCAUGCAGUCUCUGCCCUCUUCCAUGCCCGCUGUGAGCUCCAGCUACGGCCACGAUGACCUGGACAGUGACGAAGAGUCGGACAUCGUCAUUGAGAACAGCAUCGGCCGCCAAACUCGCCAUUCGAACGCCUCUCUGGCAUCUCUCACGUCUCGAUCCACUCAGUUGACCUCCGCCUCGCCUCCCAAACCCCAAAGCAGACCGCUCUCCGUCGUGUCCACGGCUUCCUUCCAUUCUAACGCCAGCCUCAACGGAACAGGCCAUAACAGCCUGAGCUACAGGCUUCACAGAGACCUCAGCCUCCAUCACACACCCUACAACGGCGCCAGAGAAAGCAAUGGCAGCCUCCACAAAAUCCUCAGCAGCCUGAGAACGGACCCUCGGCACAGCCUGGCGCUGCCCAGCGGCGGUGUAGAGGAGGACGGCAUGGUCAUCACUUUAUAACACACACACACGCUUCAUAAAAAUCGCCCUCGGAGCAUAAUCUCACCCAGAGACUCGACAGCCUGGGGCAACAGACUUGACGGGGGACUUCACUGCUUUCUUAAAGCCUUUUGUAAAAUGUAAUUUAACAUCUUGAAUUUUUACUUGUUCUUAAAUAACGUGUCUUAUCUUAUCUGUCAAGGGAUGCAUAGGGAAUAGUGUGGUACAUUUAUCUUUUUUUUUUUGUUUUUAUUUUUCGUUUUCCAGAGCCACUAAUUGCAUACUAAUUUAACACGAAUGUCAUUUAUAUCAAGAUUCAUAUAUAGAAAUCAUGUUUUGUGUUUUGUUUUCCGAACGUCUCAUUGGAAAAGCUGGCAGGUUUCGGCCUCGCUGUGGCUUCUUACGUACAGUACAGUAUAUCAAACAUCUUCUGCUAGCACAAACAGUCCACUGGAAUUCUGGGAGAAAUAAAUAAUCAACACUAAUGUAUUAACACGCGCUUUUUCAUGACUUUACCAAAGUGUUAAACGUCUCAGUGUUUUGUGGCCUUGUAUCUUAUCUCAUUCCAGCAGCCUGAGGAUUAUAGAUUAUGUAGGAAAAUACACUGUAAUUUCAUGAAUCACUGUAAUUUCAUGGAUCAAGAUUUUUCUAGUUCUUUCUUUGCAAACAUUCUUGAUGAUGCGUCUUAGGAGUAAGGUGGAUUUACUCUUUUGCUUGGAUAUGCGUACUUGCAGUUGAGGGCUUUUUUCCUCUAAUUGUAUUAUGAAUGAGCACGUGUGGAAUCCAGUGACCAAAACCAGUGUUAAACAAAUCCCCAAUUUUAACCCUUUUUUUUUUUUUUUUUUUCUGCGUUCUGGUAAUUGGAUGUGUCCAAACCCUUGAGGUUUUCUGACAAACAAGCGCACAUUUUUGUCAAUGAAUUCUCAGUUCGGGCUCAUGAUGUGUCUGUUCUCCAGAGGUGCUUCAGCUCUCGGCUUAUUUAGCUUCCAGAUGCAGGUGCUAACUGUCCUUAAAGGAAGCCCUGCCUCCCUCACAGUGGUAUCAGAGAUGAAAUGAGCUGCUUCUGUUUUCACUUAUGACAUUCUACAUUACCCACAGUGCCAAUGGGAUUUAGCCCUGUCUUCAUCUCUACCUAAGACAGCGAUGCAGCGGAGCUUUAAUCCUUUCAGCUGUCCAGCUCGCUCUCACUUUUCUUAAACACAUCAGCUUAAACUUUUCAUGCUAAUACCACUGUAAGCGUCAUCAUCUCGUAGGUCUUUGACGAGCUGAGCCGAGCCGAGUCUCUGCCGUAGCUCAUCGCAGAUUUGUCGUCCAGCUGCAUUGCAUUCUGGGAGUCCAGGGUUUGCGCCAACUUCUCUGCUACUUCUGUGUUUAUUUCUCGUUAAUGUGACAUCCUUAAUGUGACAUCAGCAUGACGUAUCACUGCUAGAUUCUCACAGGAAUGAAAAAAUGUAUAGUAGCAACCAACAAAUUAGCACCAGAAUCGGUAAUUUUUUUUUUCUUUUUUUUCCCCCAAUGGUAGGGUCUUUUAAUGUGCACUUUUAUCACCACUGGAUCUGGGAACAAUCAUUAUAUAAAGCAUGAAUCCUACCCUUGAGUUAACAAAUGGGGUGUUUGGGUGUCAUCUGUUUGUCCUGUCUCACUCGCUUUUUGACGGUGUGCGCACUCUGGGUUACCUUUUAAUAUUUUUCUUUAAAUGAGCGCAUUAAUAUUUUGCAGUUGUAGCCAAUUUGUAUCCACGUAAACUUCAUGAUCCUGUGUAUCUUUGACCCAAACCUGGGACUCUGGAUAACUCAUAACUCUUGUGUCUGCUAGAAUCUGGCUGCUGAAUGUUCCGUAGUUUUUCAGUUCACUUGUAUAUCCAUGUCACCCUCUGCUGGUCGCUACUGGAGUUCAUCAACCUACCAGGAACCACCUCAAAUCGGAGUAAAUAUAUAUUUAUUCUGCAGAAUUUCUGAAAUUUAUAUGUUGUUUCGGUGUCUUUUGGUUUCUUUGUUCAUUUUUUUUUCUCUCUGUACAACAGUUUAAAGUUUGAAUAAAAAUCUUGAUUUUA